AUGCGGGACCUGGAUUUGGUAGAUCAAUGGAAUCCGUCGACAAGUGGGCAAUAUCCCAACAUCAAACGGCAUCAUACCCAGAAGCCAGAUGCACAAAUGUCGAACCAAGUACUACAGCAUUUAAAAGCUGCCUAUGGCUUAGAAGAAGAUGCCCCCGCGAUGGUACAUGCUUGGCCCCGAUCGCUGAACCAUCCUGAACAUAAGGUCUCCGGAAUGCAGGAUUUCUUUACCUUCGAACAACUUACGAAAAUGCCCGAAUACUGGCCCUUUGAUUAUCACACCUGGGAGCAGGAGCCUCGUAUACCGGAGUGGGAGUCGAGUAUGGCCAGCAGUGAACACCCGCUUCCGACAGCCCCAUGCUAUUUCAGUACCGUGACACCCCUUGGUGAAAUCGACACACUUUCGCGUAGCCUAAUGCAGACACCUGAUGCCCAUUGCACUGGAGGCAGUACUUUGCCGCGUAACCUGAAGGAAGAUAUCAGCCAAGGAAUUUCAAAUUCGUGGCCAGUAAAUACCGGCGCAAUGAGCUUUUGCAUACCCGAAAGGCCCCAACAUUCACUAGAGGUUCAUGACCGAAACUAUAAGCUAAAGGGGCCCAAAAGCACCGGAAGUUUGUUGUUCGGAGCUCAUGAAGGCCUUGUUCAUAGAGUAUCAACUGCAACUAACAACAUAGCUCAAGAUAUACAAAGUCUUCAGCUAAAUCCAUCUUGUUUCUCGGAAUUAACUCGAGCUUCCGAUAGGCAUGAGUUGAAAUCGAGUUCAGAUCCGUCAGCGUCUGGGUCUGAUUCUCCUCCGAGUCCCGUUGGAUCAUUGAAUAAGCCGUCGAAUGACGGAGAGCAAUUCUGUGCUUCUGGAAGUUCAUCGGAUAAUCGAACCAAACACUCGAGUCUGCAGGGAUGUCAAAACUCCAGGGAACAAGCAUCAAGAGUAACCGUUUCAAAAGGAUCACCGCACUCAGGCAAACGGAAGUCUUUUCUCCCGGGGAUACAACAGAAAACAUCUGAUAUCAGGUCAAGAGCCUCGGAGAGGGAGCGGAAGAAAAGCAAUGGGGCUCACACGAGGGCGAUAGCAAUACCAAAAGCAUCUUUUCAAAUAGUUCAGGAAGAUGGUAAAGGAGGUUCAAUCACGAAUUCGCCGCAAAUAUUCCCGAUUAUCAGGGCGCGUCGACAGGGGCCUUUGUCAGCUGAUGGGAGGCGCGACGCAGCAUUGAGAAGAAAGGAUAAAAGUGUCUGUCUCUGGUGCCGGUUAUCCAAGAAAAAGGUCAAACCUGUAAUUGCCGAGCAGCCAUGCGUACGUGCGGACUUUUUCCAAAUCGUAGAAUCGGGGACCUGCAAUUACAUCUCACAACGUGCUGUCAAUCACCUUACUCUGGAUGGCCGGUCGAGGCGCCGCAUGGAGCUACCGUCCACACUUGACUUCGAGCAAUUUAUCUCCUCCCUAGAGGAACGGCAGGGAAAAUUCAACAUCCGUGUUCGACAGGCUUGGGGGACGCUCUGCAUUUUGGAUUUGAAGGAGUCUUAUGACUUCUUGAAGAAUUGUCCAGCAAGCCAAGACCAGAGAUUGUUUGAUUUGCGAGCAUUUAUCGACAACCACGUCCUGAAGUUUAAUAACUGGCAGAAAUGUAUCAAGGGGUGCAAUCCUACUGGGGAUGUGAUCUCCCUCCUGUCAAAAUGGAACAACAUGCCCAGUCGCGCUAGUUAUGAUUUCAUCCCUCAGUCAGAGGGUAUUCUAGACCGUCCAAUGAACAUUGAAGAUCCGAACGAUCGGAUAGAGAUCCUACUGGCCGCCCAGCUAUCUCAGAUAUUUUGUCGCAAACUCGAAGUGGAUGGUUAUAGGGUUCUCCAACACGCUCUUAACAAAAACAAGUGGGACGAUAUUCCCUACGAGUCCUUUCUCAAAUUUGUGUCGCAGUUGGGCCACAUCCUCGUGAGCCUUCGUUGGAGAGUGUCGUGGUGGGAACUCCUCGGCGACGGCGGAACGAAACCGGACAUCCACAAGGAACGAUACGAGGACCGAGUGAAAGGUCUCUGCAAAGUGUUGUAUUUUUAUUAUGUGUCUGUGAAGCUCAAGCUGCCAUCAUGGAUGACACCGGGCGAGCUUGACGGUGUCUGGUCCACUUAUGCGGACGCAGACCAAGUUUGGGACGAUUUCCCUUCGGUGGCUACUAUUGAAGGGUUCGAAAUGUGGAUGCAAAGAGGCAAAGCACUUCUUAAACAAGCUGGAGUACGGGACCGUAUUUCAAAUAUAUGA